CAGAACAGAACUGGGAUCCGCUAUAAAAUCCUUUUACAAUCUUUGUCUUCUCGUAGUUCCAAAACAUUGGGUCUGAAAAAAUUUAAAAGAGAGAAAAAAAAUGGAACAUUUUCAAUCGCAUAGGGUAGAAAUAGUAAGCAUAGCUGUUGCCGUGGCUGCUGUUGGUGCUGCUACUGCUUACUAUUUAUAUGUUUCCAAGAAACCCAAAGUUUGCUUGGAUCCGGAAGAAUUCAAAGAAUUCAAACUUGUAAAACGCACUCAACUCAGUUACAAUGUGGCUAAGUUUAAGUUUGCCCUUCCCACACCAGCAUCGGUUUUGGGGCUUCCAAUUGGACAACAUAUGAGUUGCAGAGGAAAAGAUCAGAAUGGCGACGAUGUUGUCAAGCCAUAUACUCCAACAACUUUGGAUUCAGAUUUAGGGUACUUUGAACUAGUCAUAAAGAUGUACCCUCAAGGAAGGAUGUCCCACCACUUCCGGGAGAUGCAGGAAGGUGAUUACUUAGCUGUUAAGGGACCCAAGGGACGCUUCAAGUAUCAACCUGGCCAAGUUAGAGCAUUCGGUAUGCUGGCUGGGGGCACUGGCAUCACCCCGAUGUUCCAGGUUGCUAGAGCCAUAUUGGAAAACCCAAAAGACAAGACUGACAUUCAUCUUAUUUAUGCCAAUGUCGCUUAUGAGGACAUUCUGUUAAAGGAAGAGCUGGAUGAGCUCACCAGUAGAUAUCCCAAUCGUAUGAGCGUGUACUAUGUUCUGAAUCAGCCUCCUGAAGGAUGGGAUGGUGGAGUUGGGUUCAUAUCCAAGGAAAUGAUUCAAGUCCACUGCCCUGCUCCUGCUGAAGAUAUUAAGAUAUUGAGGUGUGGACCGCCUCCGAUGAACAAGGCUAUGGCUGCUCAUCUUCAAGCUCUCGGGUACAUUUCCGAAAUGCAAUUCCAGUUUUAAGUCUCCGCUCUAACGUCAUUGAUGGCCAGUAAUAUUAUUAAAUGAACUCAACAAGUAAUGCCCAAAUCACCAAAAGAAACUCGGGUCUUUGGUUUGUGAUAUGGUUUAGAGUUGAGGCUCACAGCUUAGCUUUACUGCUAUAAUAAUCGUUGGGAUGGAGAGAACAUUUGAGAUUUUAUGCUGUAUCAUUCAUCACAGCUUUUUACAAGCAAAAUUUUGCUCUAAAAAUAUAUAUAAAAUAUGAAAGAUUUCGGUA